UUUGUUUCUGUGUCACAACUAGUGGAGGCCUUAGCAACUUGCUGUACCACUGCUCACUUCCAAAAACUCACACUCCUCUGGAUGGUGAACCCGAUCAAGUCCUGCUUCGCAUGUACGGUCAGGUCCAUGAUGGACAGGUUGAAGCCAACAUUACAGAAAGUAUAAUAUUUAUGCUUCUUUCUGAGAGGAAUCUUGGACCAAAGCUUUAUGGGAUUUUCCCAGAAGGAAGGCUUGAAGAAUAUAUUCCUGCCAAAGCCAUGACUUGCCAGGAACUUCAAGAUCCUGAACUUUCAACUAAGAUAGCCAGAAAGCUUGCUUUUAUCCAUCAGCUCGAAGUACCUAUUAAUAAAGAGCCAGUUUGGAUGUUUGAAAAAAUGGAUAAGUAUGUGAGAUGGAAUAAUUUAGGAUUUUUUGUACAAAGACAAUUUUAA